AUGAAGCCCACAUACAUAAUUUGCCGCCUAUACCAGCACUAAAGUUCCAGGGCAUUAUCGGGUUUUUUCGUUGAUUUUCUCAGCGGCCACAAGGUUAGGCUACAUCCAAAUAAGAAGAACCUGCUAAGAAUGGCGGAACCCUUUCGAAAUGGCCAGGAACCGCCACCUCCAGGGCUGCCCUCAAAUUUUCCUGCAUACAAUCAGCAUCUAAAUUUUCUUCAGAAUGUGAAUCAGCAAGGCUACAAUCAAUCUGUGGGAGGUUCUAUGAGCUACUCCCAACAAUCGUGGCAACGACAACACGCCUUUUGCUCUACAAGUUCGCCUCUUCUUCCUCCCCAAAGUCAUUCACCGUCACAUUCAUUAUCACCUCAAAAUCAGAAUAAACAAGGAAAACGCAAGGAGAUUGUGGCGCGAGCAGAAAAGGCCGCGGCAGCUGCACACAAUGAAUUUUUAUCCACUGGGCAGAGUGUCACUGUUUGCAAAAUUGUUCAGUCGAUGAUUUCGAUUCUGAAAGUAGAUUCACUCGAUUCCUUGGGUGUCAGGAUUCACGACAUUCCUUACCUGCACAACAUUGUUUUAUUGGAGGGAAGGAUGAAUGCUUUUGUUCAUUGCUAUGUAGCAGUAAGAAGGAUUGCAACUCUCUAUGACCUAAGUGAUGAGUUUUGUCGAUAUGAAGGGGUGGAAGAUUUUGAAAAAUUAGGUCUCGGGCCACUUGUUCGACAUCCGUUGAUUGUGCAUUACUUUGAACCACCAGAACAUGUGGUCACAGUUUUCGAAAUAACAACAAAGAAGAUUGUAUCCUAUCUUUCUGAUUUCUUAUAUAAACACCAUGAUAAGGAAAUACCGGUGGAUGAAUUCUUGUCUGUUGUGGCCAAGAAACAGAAAGUUUCAUCUCCAAAGGAGUUGUGUAUACGCAUUCACAGUCUGAGGAUGCAUGUUGGCAUUAUUCGACGCAUUAAGCAGGCUGAGAGGGACCUUGCUCGUACAAUAGAGGCCGAGAUAGCUAAGGACAAAGAAAUUGAAAGACAGAAAAAGGCAUCUGAACUGGAGUCAAAGAUCAUAUCUGAACAAUUAAAUUUGUCUAUUAAUAAUCUUAUGGGAUCAAAAUGUGGCCCUAAACAUAUAAAGUUUGAGACAGAGUCAGAUUCAGAUGAUGAUGAGGUUCUGUACCGUAAAGAAGAGAUCAUGGUAUCUUCAAGGAAAAGAAAAGUAGAUCACCGAUUUCAGAAAUCCCGAGGUAGUUGUCCUUACCCCUCAGCAGCAGAAGAGCAGGUCCGAUUGGGAAAGCAUCUAGCAACACAGAAAUCUCUGGUUGUGUCUUCAGAUUCCAAUGAAGAUCGAGGGGGUGGAAAUUCACUGAAUGUAUUUAAAAGGAAGAGAAAAGCUCUCAAAUCUAAAAUAUCCUUGGCUAAGAGUCCCUGCCUAUCGACAGAAAAAAAGAAUUCACCAGUGGUGCAAGAAUUAUCGACAAAGGUGUUUGCCAAUGUACAUGCUGAAGAUGUUGAGUUGACAGAUCAUGAGCUAAUAAUAUUUGUUGCAGCUUGGAAGAACAUCUGCCAGGAAAAAUCAGUUUUUCAGGUAUUCAAGACAAUGAUGGAAUUGCAAGGCACAGUAGAUAAGAAGGGAAGGAAUUUAUUAAUGAGAAACAUGAAGAAGCUAUCCAAACUUUUCACAAUGGAACCUGCUGUUAGUCUGCUCAACGUUGCUGUAAUUUCAAUGAAAAUGGGGCUGUGGGACACCUUCCUAGAGUUAAACAAACAGGAAGGCAUAGUGACUGGAGAUGCUUAUUCUAGAGAAGAAAAAGUUCAAAAUGUUGAAGACAAAAGCCACUUUUUGGGUGUUAAAAAUGGAUUAAGUUCUCAUGAAGUUGUUCAGCAAGUUAUAAAGUUUUUUGAAGUCAAUCCUAUUGAGAAUGCACGAGGUGGAGAAUUAGCGACAGAGGAACAGUUCAUUAUGUUGAGAAAAAUUUGGCACUGUGAAAGGUGGCUGGUGAGUCAAUUUUCUGUGCAGGACUUUGCAUGCUUAGGGUUUGGAGAUUUCCUUAGUUUCCUUGAAACUCACCUUUGUGAGUUCCCUCAGAAAAUAAGGAAAAUAUUGACAGCCCAUGAAUGCAGAGACUCACCGCUGAUUGCUUAUGUUGCAACUAAGCAACUCUUAGGAUUUUUGUCUCAAGCUGUAUGGGACCUUGGUGGUGAUGCGAUAUUGACUAAAGAAGAAUUUAGUGUUUUAUUGCAUAAGCAGUUUCCAUUUAUUAACUUUGAGAUGUCAGACAGUGCUUCUGUUGAAGGACUGAUGAAUUGUAUCACAAAAUUCCGAAGUCAUUCUCAAAAGAGAAAUACAGGUUAUUCGGCUGCGCUGCUAGCACGAAGCAGCUUAAUAGAAAAGUCAAGAUUUAACUCACAUGGUAGUGGAGAGGCUUCAGAGUUUUUGCCAAUAGCUGGGGCACUAGGUCACAUGAGUAGUGAUGAUGCUAUUAAAUGCUUGCUUAAAGCUCCUAUGCUAUCAGAUCUUGGGGAGUGGUCCCACUGGGAUCAUGUAUUUGCUCCUACACUUGGGCCAAUAUUGAGCUGGUUGGAGAAAGAAGCAAGCAGUGAUAAUUUGAUUUGUCUUGUAACAAGGAAUGGAAAAUUGCUUCGAAUUGAUGGUUCAGCAACAAUGGAUGAAUUCUUGGCAGCUGUAAUGAAGGGCUGUGCAAAGGAAACUGCAAUACAAUUUGUUUCUAUUGUGGCUCUUUUUGGAGGUAUGCAACAUGCUCCUAUCGCACUGAUGAAAUCACAUGCUGCUUGGGGAAUAGAUGUUUUGGUGAAAAAUUUUGUAGAUCAAUUUGAACAUGCAGGUAUUCUAGAUAUGGGAAAAAUGGGUUAUUGCAUUAAUUGCAGAAAAUCUCUGAUUGGAGAUAGAAACUUUGGCUGUGAUUCUGGUCAGACUGAACUUUUACAAAAUUCUCAUAUUUCUACAACAGUGACACAAACAAAAUUUUCUGAGAAAUCACAAAACAUUGAAAAAACUGCUCAAGUUAUGAGGGUCGCGGCCAGAUUUAUAUUAGAUUUCCUUGGUCAUCUACCUCCAGAGUUCCGGACUUUUGCUGGUCAGAUAUUCUUGUCAGGAUUGGGUACACUAUCAGCAGCUCCAUCUCAAAUAAUUUUGCAUGAAUGUGUUGUCUCUGAUGAACGUCUUAUGCUCCAUGAAAUUGGGCUUUCUAUUGGCAUUGUUGAGUGGAUCAAUGAUUAUCAAGAUUUCUCUAUCGAUUUAUCACAUGCUGUGCAAGACCCCCUAGAAUGCCAAGUGAGAAAAAAUGAUAUGCAGAUAAAUGAACAACAUGAUACAGAAUGUGAAUCUGAAACUAAUCAGUUGGAAGGUAGUCAUUGCUUGAAUGUGAUUGGGAGAAAGAAAAAAUCAUUCCAAAAAUUGCAAUUAGAAGAUGUGAAUGAUCCUGGUGUUUUACAGACCAAGCUAAAUGAAUUUGCUAUCUCUAUGCCUGAAAAUGAAGGAUCAUUGAGUCAAGAAGACCAUGCAAAAGGAAUUAUCGAGUCUAUUCGAUGUGAAGAAUUUGGGCUAGAUUUGAAGCUCCAGAGUAACGAGACAAACCUUCUCAAAAGACAACAUGCUCGAUUGGGCCGUGCACUGCACUGCUUGUCACAAGAGCUGUAUUCCCAGGAUUCUCAUUUUCUUCUUGAAUUGGUGCAAAAUGCAGAUGAUAAUCUCUAUCCCUCUCAUGUGGAACCAACUUUGGCAUUUGUCCUUCAAAGCACUUGUGUUGUGGUCUUAAAUAAUGAAUUGGGAUUUACUGCCAAAGAUAUUAAGGCUCUUUGUGAUGUUGGGAAUUCAACAAAGAAAGGUUCAAGUGCUGGUUAUAUUGGGCACAAAGGCAUUGGCUUUAAAUCAGUUUUUCGUGUGACAGAUGCACCGGAGAUUCAUUCCAAUGGUUUUCAUGUGAAAUUUGAUGUAAGUGAGGGAGAACUUGGUUUCAUUUUGCCAACCCUUGUAGCUCCUCUCAGCAAUCUUCACUCAAUAAGUAAGGAGCUAUCCAAUGAAAAUAAUGAAUUAGAUGAUUCCGUUUGGAAAACCUGCAUUGUCCUUCCUUUCAAAGGUUCGUUUCUGAAGGGGAUAGGAAUAAGGUCUUGGGUGUCGAAAUUUGCUGACCUUCAUCCAUCACUAUUAUUGUUUCUUCAUCGUCUUCGCUGUAUAAAAAUUAGGGAUAGUGUGACAAAUUCCUUAAAUAUAAUGCGGAGAGAGGAUGUUGGCAAUGGUCUUGUAAAAGUUUCACAUGGUAAAGAGAGUACCACUUGGCUUAUGGCAAGUCGUAAACUGAAUGCUGGUAGUCUGCGGUCGGGUGUACAAAUUACUGAAAUUGCUAUGGCCUUCACAUUAUGUGAGGACCAAAGUGGAGAGUACAGGCCAUGCCUUGAAAAUCAACCAGUGUUUGCAUUUCUUCCAUUGCGGGCAUAUGGUUUGAAAUUUAUACUUCAAGGGGACUUUAUUUUGCCAUCUUCAAGAGAAGAGGUUGAUGGAGAUAGUGCCUGGAAUCAAUGGUUGCUUUCAGAGUUUCCAGAUCUUUUUGUCAGUGCGGCAGUCUCUUUCAGGGAUCUUCCAUGUUAUCAAAGUAACCUGGGAAAAGCCGUUACGCUUUAUAUGAGAUUUGUCCCAUUGAUUGGGGAAGUCUUGGGAUUUUUCUCUCCACUUCCAGGAAUGAUUCUUUCCAAGUUAAGGGCUUCUUCAUGCUUACCUUUAGAGAGCAAGGAUAUCUCAUGGUCCAUCCCGUGCAAGGUGCUAAGGGGUUGGAGUGAUCAGUUACGCAUGCUUUUACCGGAUGACUUACUGAAUAAUCAUCUUGGUCUUGGUUACCUACAUAGAGAUGUUCAUUUGACAGAUCCAUUAGCAAAUACUUUAGGUGUACAUGCAUAUGGACCAAGAACUUUAAUUGAGAUGUUGAAAUCACUUUGCAAUAAUAGAGAUGACUUAAGAGACUUGGGCUUGAAUUGGUUAGGCUCCUUGCUUUCUGCUCUUUAUGAUUGCUUGAGGCAUCGACCUGAUGAACCUAAUGUCUACUUUGAAGUGAAACAAGAAUCUGACUGCCUUAGUGAUCUCUGUAUGAUUCCAUUCAUUCCACUUUCAGAUGGAUCAUAUUCAUCACUUGUAGAAGGUGCUAUCUGGUUACCCUGUGACUCUACUGAAGCUGGAAUUGAUGCACAUGUCAUGAAAAAAUUCCCAAAGUUGUAUUCAGAGAUAAGAACUGUACAUUCUUCUCUCUUUUUCACCCCAUCAACUGUAGGUGAUAUAAUGGUCAGGGAUGAUUCAGAUGUGAUUGUACGCAUGCUACGAUAUGUUGGUGUUGGCCAGUUAUCGGCGCAUGAAGUUGUGAUGACACAUAUCUUACAAGCUAUGUCAAUGAGUGAAUGCAUGUCUAAGGAUAAGAUAAUUUUGACAGAAUAUUUGGCCUUUAUAAUGUUACAUUUGCAAUCAAAUUGUUCUUUAUGCUACUUGGAAAGAGAAAAACUAAUUUCAGAAUUACGAAAGAAGGCUAUCAUUGUAACAAAAAAUGGAUUAAAGGUGGCUAGUUCUGAGCCUCUACAUUUUAGCACCGAAUUUGGGAAUCCUAUAGAUAUGAGAAAAAUUCUUUCAGGCACAAAUUUGGUCUGGAAUGAAAUUGACAGUGUGUACUUGAAAUUUUUCUCAACUGAAUUACAUCCAUCAAACCUGUCACAAUGGCGCAUAUUUUUCAAAGAACUUGGUGUCACCGACUUUGUACAGAUUCUUAACGUUAAGAAGAAUGUGGAUGAUCAAUCUUGUACUAUAUGGAGAGACCUGGCAUGGGAAGGUUCUGCAGGUGCAGUACGUUGGACUGUGAAUGAUUGGGAAUCUCCUGAGUUGGUUGAAAUUCUGACAGUUUUAUCAAGUUCAUGCAAAACUGUAGAGCAAUGCUCCUGUCUCCUCAAAGUUCUUGACGAAGUGUGGGAUGACGUUUUUGGUGCUAAAAAAGCUACCUAUUGGUCUGGGAGUCCUGGCAAGGAAGAAGGAAAACAGACAGAGGCAUCAUGUGUCUUACAGAUUCGUGGAUAUCGCUGGAUAAAAUCAAAACUUGAUGACAAGCUUUAUUUUCCAACUAACUUGUUCUUUGAAUGCGAUGAUGUUAAAUCUAUCCUUGGCUCUCAUGUUCCUUAUGCAUCUCCUCAAGUCCAUAAUAAAAAGCUUGUGGCAGAUAUUGGAUUGAAGACACAGGUUUCUGUUAAAGAUGCUCUUAAUCUUCUUUUUGAAUGGAGCAAAUCAGGAAGAAUAUUCAAAGCAAGCACUUAUCAAAUGAGAAGGCUAUAUUCAUUCCUUUGGACUAGAAUGGACACAUGUGGGGAGGAAGUGGCUGCCCAUUUUGGAGUAAAUUCAUCCAUUUUUGUGCCACUUGUGGAUGAAUUAAAUAUGGAUGAUGUUGCUGAAGGAAUCUUUUUGUCACUGGACCAAGUUUACUGGAGAGAUCAAACUGGCAGCCUUGAUCUUUUGAAAAAAAGAGCAUCUGCUUCUGAUAAAAUUCCUUUCACUGACAAGAUGUGCUUAGGAGCCUUGUGUCAGAUCUAUCCAAACCUUCAAUAUUUUUUUGUGAAUAAAUUGUCUGUGCAAGAAAGCCCUGAUUUUGAUGGCUACGUCAGGAUACUGCAGAAUCUUUCAAGAGUUGUUCGGCCUUCGGAAGCAUACAAGGAGGUCAUUCAAGUUUUAUAUAAGUGGGCUGAGGAUAUUGAAUCUGAGAGGGUGGAUUCCAAGGAGAUUUCCCGCUGGAAAGGUUGCUUGCAUGAUUUGGACUGUUCAGUUCUUCCAACUAUCCAGGAUAAGUGGGUUUCUCUACAUCAACAAGGUGGCCUCGUUUGCUGGUGUGAUGAUGUGGAACUUGGGAAACAAUUUAGGAGUUGUCAUGGCAUCUACUUUUUACAUCUAAAUACAGAGGGAAAGUUCAAUAAGAUUAGGGGAAAGGACGGUAUUCCAAGUAAAGUCUUAACUCUUAUGCGUACUAUGGGAAUCCCUUCCCUUUCUGAGGUGGUGGUGCGAGAAGCAAUAUAUUAUGGUCAUCAAGACAGUAAGCAAAUUAUCUCUCUCAUUAACUGGAUCCUUCCCUAUGCACAAAGGUAUCUGCACAGGAUGCAUCCUGAAGUAUACUGGGCUGUAAAAGACAAUAUAUUCAGUAGCGAAUCCAAUCGAUUGCUCCUUCUGCUGGUUGAAAAACUUUUUUACAGGCACACUUUGCAUGGCUGCGAUAGUGUCUCAAACAAAAGAUAUGAGUGUAGCUGUCUCUUAGAGGGAAACACUUUGUACGUGUCUCGAGAGGCUGAGUAUUCUGCAAUAUAUUUGGAAUUAUCACGCCUUUUCUUCAAGGGAUGUGUGAAUCUUCAGUUGGCAAAUUUCCUUCACCUGAUUACUAUAAUGGCAAAGUCUGGGUCUACUGAGGAACAGACAGAAUCUUCUAUUAUGGAUGCACAAGAAAUACCUAAACUUCCUCAGGAAGAAGCAUUAUGGUUUUGUGAACAUGGAUAUCAUAGUGACAAAAAUGUUUUACUAACAAGUGCAAAUAUUCCUGAAAAUUACUUGACCUCUAAGAAGUCACAAAAACUUUGUGUUGAUGCCAGUUGGCCCCCAACUACAUGGUUUGGUGCACCAAGUUCUCAAGAUGAGGUACUGCCACAUGUUUCUCAUUCAGAAAUAAAUCAAGAUGUUGGAAGAUCCAAUCAUAGCAUUGACCUAAAAAAUGUUUCUUCAUCGAAGAGUGCAUAUGAAAGUGAUCAGAGCAUAGAUACCUUUAAGGCUUCCACUAUUACUGUAACUCCACACAAUUCAAAGAUCGGAUCUGAUACAGAUAUAACCAUGAUUAAACGUGAAGGUGAAAGUAGUAUUGCUGGUAAAGAUGAUCUUUUCCUAGAACCAUCUUUGGCAGGACUGGGAAAUGCUGACAUUGGUUUACAUUCACAAAAUAUGUCUGCUUCUGAGGAAACAAAUGUUAGGACAUCUUGCAUAUUUAGUAACAGGAAUAAAUUAUUUUGGGGUGGAACUGAUGAUGAUCAACGGCAGCUCACUGGUAGAUUAGGAGAAUAUGUUGUUUACAAGUACUUAACUGAGAAAUAUGGUCUGAUGUCUGUAAACUGGGUAAACGAAAAGGAGGAAACUGGUUCACCUUUUGACAUGAUUCUUAGUAAAGCAGAUGGCAAGAAAGAGUUCAUAGAAGUAAAAGCAACUAGGUCUGAAAAUAAAGAUUGGUUUGAGAUAACAACCCGAGAGUUGGAGUUUGCAAGCAAAAAUAGUGAAUGUUUUACAAUAAUCCGGGUGUUUUUGACUCUAUCUCAAUCUGUAAAGUUUGUUUUGCUUGCAAAUCCAAUAAAGCUCUGCCAACAGAAAUUCAUUAAACUUGUUAUUUUGACACCCACAAAUCAGCAGUGUGUGUUUCCUGAGGUCAGUUUCAUGCCUCAGGGAUGGGAUGAGAUAGAGGCUUCUCGGUUUCAGUACCAAUGAAUUCUACCAUUACACAUCUGAUGCAAUAAAAAUGGUCAUCUUGGUAAUACAUCUUGGGUAAGAAUCUGAAAAUUCUUUAAUGGCAUGAAGCAGGCACUCACUUUUUGUAUCCUUGGGCUUAUGAAAGGCAUGACUCUUACCUCUAGAGAAGGACAAACAAAAAGAUGAAGGGUAUGCUGAUCUUUGGAUAGUUUGUUCACAACAGUUGGAAGGAGGUGAUAGCAGUAUGGGACUGAUUUGCUUUCGUUGUUGGCUGUACAUCUCUUCUUUAUAAAGUAUACAAGACUUCUAACAUCUGCUAAGUGCUGCAAGGAGGCAUUUUCUGUAAAUAGCACAGGGGUGACAAUGUACAUCUUGGAAAUUCUAUUUUAUAAAAUAUAUUCAUUCUUUAUAGACAUGGCUAUUCGAUGCCAGAUUAGAUUGUAGCAGUCAUUAUAUAUUGCAAAUAUCAUGUAUCUGGAUAACAUUGUGUAGAGACUUUUGAAUUCAUUGUUCCAGGUCUUACCGAGAUCUCGCGUAAAGAGAAUUAUAUUAUAAGAUAAAAGAUAUCGUUUAUGGUUGCA